UUUGCCACCAUUCUCUCUCUUUCUCUCUCUCUUCCUUUCUCAUCACAACAGCAGCUUCUUGUUGUGUUUGGGGAAGGAAAUUCUUACAAAAUUUUACCAAACAGAAUGUAAAGAAGGAAAGAGUAAACUACAAGGAAAAGUGAAAAUUCAAAGAAGAAGAAACAAAAAGAAAAAAACACAAGUAGUAGGAAUUCUUUAAUUCAAGGUGAAGGAACUACUCAUACUUCUUCUCCUCCAAAUUAUUAAAUUUGGUUUGCCAAACAGUCCUUUGUUUUUUAUAUAAAACCACUUACUUCCCACUUCUCCAUUUUGUCCUCUAUGCUGAUUACCCUCAGCAUAAGGAGGAAUUUGUGGCUCCAAUCCCAAGUUAUUGAAGGCCAUUGGAAUAUGUUGUAUGAUUUAUUACAAGUUCAUCAUCUUUUUCAUAUCAAACUCUUGAUCAACAUACUUUUGAAUCCUGCUGAACAUCAUGCAAGGAGCUCAAAUUUGCCUCGUAAUUAUGAUUUUGGUUAGUUUCAUGCAUUUUUUGCAUGCAAAUUACGCCACCACAUCAUCACAUUCCAUAGGAUGGACAAACGAGAACUCAACAGUAGAACAAAAAGUAUAUAGAAGUUCAGACGAGGUCCAAGGCCCAAUACCAGGGGUGCAACUUCUCUAUCAAGAUAAUCAUAUUAUAUUGGACAACGGCAUAAUACAAGUGGAGCUAUUAAAUCCAGAGGGGAGUGUGACCAAUAUUCACUAUAACGGCAUUGCAAAUUUGCUUGAAGAACUCAAUGAACAAUCCAACAGAGGGUAUUGGGAUGUUGUCUGGAAAGGAGAAGGAGUUACAAGAAAAAAGGGAAACCUGGAUAGGCUUAAUUGUACAGAUUUUAAGGUUAUAGUGGAGACAAGUGAGCAAGUAGAGGUCUCUUUUACAAGAACAUGGAAUUCAUCUCUCAGUGGCAAAUUUCCCCCAUUGAACAUCGACAAAAGGUUUGUUAUGCUUCGAGGUUCUUCUGGCUUCUACACUUAUGCUAUCUAUGAGCGCCCAAAAGAUUGGCCAGGCUUCAUUCUUGCAAAUACUCGGCUUGCUUUGAAGCUCAACAAAGUAUGGUUUAGAUAUAUGGCUAUGGCAGAUGACCGACAAAGAAAAUUGCCUCUCCCAGAUGAUCGCUCACCUGAGAGAAGCCAGACCUUAGCUUACCCUGAGGCUGUUUUACUCACCAACCCAAUUGAGCCAGAAUUUAGAGGAGAGGUUGAUGAUAAAUACCAAUAUUCGGGUGAAGCCAAAGACAUUCAAGUACAUGGGUGGAUAUGCAACGAUCCACCCACUGGACUCUGGCAAAUCAUUCCUAACAAUGAGUUUCGAUCUGCUGGACCCACCAAACAAUACCUGACAUCACAUGUGGGACCAACAUCCCUUUCGGUUCUCCUAAGUACUCACUACUCAGGUCGAGAACUAAUGGCAACAUUUGAAGAUGGAGAACCAUGGAAAAAAGUUCUAGGACCUCUUUUUGUAUAUGCGAAUUCUGUGACAAAUGAGGGAGACUCGCAUCAACUAUGGGAAGAUGCAAAACAACAGUUAAGUGUCGAAGCAAAACUCUGGCCUUACAGCUUUGCAGUUUCCCAUGAUUUUCCAUCAUCUGACCAGCGUGGCAGUGUAAAUGGUAGCUUACUCGUCUAUGAUAGGUACCAGAAAAUGAAUACUUCAGCAUGUAAAGCAUAUGUAGGGCUUGCAGCUCCUGGAGAAGUUGGAUCUUGGCAAAGGGAAAGCAAGGGAUAUCAAUUUUGGACAAGAGCAGAUGACAGUGGCCAUUUCUUCAUUGAAAAUAUACGCCCUGGGAACUAUAAUCUCUAUGCUUGGGUUCCCGGCUUUAUUGGAGAUUACAGAUACAAUGGCACUCUUGAUAUCACAGCAGGGCAUGUGAUCGAUAUGGGUGACCUUGUGUACGAUCAUCCAAGAGACGGCCCUAUAUUGUGGGAGAUUGGUAUACCAGACCGUUCUGCUGCAGAAUUUUUUGUGCCUGAUCCUGAUCCUAAGCUUGUUAAUAAACUCUACCUUACGCGUGACAAGUUUCGGCAGUAUGGUUUAUGGGAUAGGUAUACUGAAUUGUAUCCUGAUGAAGAUCUAGUUUAUACCGUGAACAUUAGCAACUACCAGAACGAUUGGUUCUUCGCUCAAGUUACUAGGAAGGUAAACAACACAUAUCAGGGAACUACAUGGCAGAUCAAAUUCCAACUGGACAAAAUCUACCCUUUGGGAACCUAUUACUUGAGAUUAGCACUAGCAUCAGCAACUAGCUCAGACUUACAGGUUAGAAUUAACAAUCGACAUGAAAAUCCUCCAUUAUUUUCGACUGGACAAAUCGGGUACGACAACACAAUUGCUAGGCAUGGCAGCCAUGGACUAUAUUGGCUUUACAAUGUGACCAUACCUGGCAGCAAAUUUUUGUUGGGCAAUAAUACCAUUUUCUUGACACAAGUUUUGGGUCUUACCCCUUGGGCAGGCAUUUUGUAUGACUACAUUCGUCUUGAAAGUCCUUUUGUUGAUACCUACUAAUUCUUUGGUUUCUAUGCAUGUCCUAUGUAAUUGUAUAUACAAUUCAUACACAAUUUAGAGGAAAUAAUACCAUUUCUUUGACACA